AUGCAGGAUUAUCGCCGCAUGGCCGCUUUGUUGGCAUAUUUUGCUAUCUUUCCCUCUGUCGCCAAUGCUUUUUGGCGUCUUCCUUGCCGUGGGCGAACUGGUGUCGCCCGCUUGGAUCCUAUUGUCGACCCUGGCCAGAUUUCCGGUCAUGUUCACGCCAUCCAUGGUGGUGGCAACUUUGGCAUGUCGACUGAUUUCCAGUCACUGCGUGAGUCGAGCUGCACCUCGUGCGGCGUGACGCAGGAUAUGUCUGCCUAUUGGACCCCGGCUUUGUAUUUCAUGCAUACUGAUGGCACUGCUGAGCUGGUCCCAGAAGUUGGAGGAAUGCUUGCCUACUACUUCCUCAACAAGGUCGGCGACGAAAAGAUCCACGCCUUCCCGGAUGGCUUCCGCAUGCUUGCGGGCGAUCCUUUCCAGCGCAACUUCACCUGGCCAGUGCCCGACCCACCAAAAUCUUCUUGGGGAUCCGCCGAUGAGUCUCAGCCAGCCCUUCGCCAGAAAGCCAUCGGCUUCAACUGUCUCAACUACGCGACUGCGGCAGAGGCUACUCUCGACCGCCACUAUAUGCCCAACAAGACUUUCCUCGACGAGCACUGCACUGACGGCAUCCGCCUGGAGCUGAUGUUUCCCCAGUGCUGGAACGGCGAGGACUUGGACUCUGACGAUCACAAGUCUCACGUUGCGUAUCCCUCGACUGUCAUGGAUGGCGAGUGCCCGAUCGGCUACAAGACCCGUCUCCCUGGAUUGAUGUACGAGACGAUCUGGAACACGUAUGCUUUCAAAGAUAAGGACGGCUAUUUCACGCUUGCCAACGGCGAUCCCACUGGAUAUGGAUACCAUGGCGAUUUCAUGACUGGCUGGGAGCCGGGUGUCCUCCAGGAAGCCGUGGACAAGUGCACCAGUCUUACCGGCGAAGUCGAAAUGUGCUCGGUGUUUAACCUGCAGAGCCAGACGAAGCAGCAGCAAUGUCUGUUAGAGGAGCCCGCGGCUCUUAAGUACGAGAACACCCACCUGGAUACCAACGGAAUUCCGGGUAACAUGCCCAUCCAAUGGGGUCCAGAGUACGCUACCAUGUCGAUGCCUAUGAUCACAACGUCGGCCGUGCCGGCAAUUCCCUCGCUGAGCAUUCCGUCUCUUUCCCUUUCUCUCGGUAUCUCGGUGGACGGCAAUGUACUCGGAAAUGCGGCCAUGAUGGCUACUAACGAAGCCGUCACGACGACGGCAGCUGCCACCACCACUUCCAGCUCGACGUCCACUUCAACUCCCACACCUACCCCUACCCCUACCACCUCCAUUGCCAUCGACCCCAUCACUGAGGAAGUGGUCUAUCUUCAGCGUGAUAUCAUUGUCAUGAUUGACGCCAAGGGUGUGCCCUACAGUACGGUGACUGGUACCCCGCGCACCAUGUCAACCUCGAUGUCUACUCUGACCCAGACUUCUACUGUGGUUUCAUAUGUCGAGCGAGACACUAUCCCAGAGGACGCUCAACCCGAGGACAGUGAGGGUGAACGGAUUGCGGCGCACACACGUCGACACUUGCACCACCACGGCCGCCUGCACAAAAAACAUGGAUUCUAA